AUGUUCUGGAAACUCGUAAGAAAUACCAGGGGACUUUCAAAACAGCCUAGAUUGAAUGCGAUACGAGACGAGAAUGGCUGUAUCCUGAAUGAUGGAGUGUUGAGUCUAAAGAGAUGGAAGGAAUAUUUUGAAAGCGAAUUUAUGAGUGAGGAGAAGUGUGAACUAAAUGAAAUAGAAAUUCCGAAAGAAGAUGAAAGAGAUAGGGAGAUAAGUAUAGAUGAAAUAAUGAAAGCAAUGAAAAGCAUGAAAGUAGGUAAGGCAGCCGGAUAUGAUAGAGUUUCACUCGAAAUGCUAAGGGCUGGAGAGGACGUGGUGGCAGGCCUGCUGUACACCUUGUUUAAUUUAUGUUGGGAACUAAAGCGGGUACCGGGAGACUGGUGCAAAGCCGUGAUAGUCCCAAUAUAUAAGGGAAAAGAGUCACAGCAGGACUGUAAAAACUACCGUGGUAUCAGCCUUCUUAGCAUUGUGGGAAAACUGUAUGCUAAGGUACUAAUUGAAAGAAUUAUGAAAGAAACUGAUGAAAAAAUUUGGGAUGUGCAAGCGGGAUUUAGAAAGGGAAUGGGGUGUACAGAUCAAGUCUUUUCCAUGCGCAUGAUCGCGGAGAAGUUUUUGGCGAAAAACCAAAAAGUUUUUUGUGCGUUCAUGGACUUGGAAAAAGCUUAUGACAGAGUGGACAGGGAUGUGUUAUGGCAAACGCUGAACGCAUUUAGGUUGAGCGCUGGUUUGAUACAGGCAUUAAAGCCUCUGUAUAGGGACUCGAGUGCUUGUGUUAGAAUCAACGGGGUCUACUCGGACUGGUUUGGCAUCCAUAAAGGUGUCAGACAGGGCUGUGUAGCUUCCCCGUGGCUGUUCAACCUAUUUAUGGACAGCUGUUUGGAAAAUUUGAAAGUUGAAGAAUGCGGGUUAAGAAUGGGUGAGUUAACCGUCAAAUGCUUUUUGUACGCCGAUGAUCAAGUCAUACUUGCGUCGUCGGCGGCCGAGUUGCAAAUGAUGGUUACAUUAAUGAACAGGUCAUUAAAAGAAAGGGGAAUGAAAGUGAACGCAAGUAAGACGAAAGUGAUGGUUUUUGAAAGAGAUGAAAGCAAGACGGUAUGUGAAAUAAGAAUAGAAGGAGAGUUAAUUGAACAAGUGGAUGAGUUCGUAUAUUUGGGAUGUGUAUUCAGCAGGGAUGGGAGAUAUGAUAAGGAUAUUGAACGACGAGUGAAUGCAGGAAAUAAAGUAAAUGGGGCUCUACACUCUAUUGUGAAAAGUCAGAAUAUGUCAAAAAAGGCACGUAUGGCAAUUCACAGUGCUGUAUUAGUCCCUACUUUAACGUAUGGUAGUGAAAGUUGGUUGUGGCAGAAGAAGCACGAGAGUGGAAUAAAUGCAGUAGAAAUGCGGUCGCUAAGGAGUAUGUUAGGGCUGAAUCUGAGUGACAGGGUGAGAAAUUGUGUGAUAAAAGAAGAGUGUGGUUUGCAAGAUGAUGCGGUGACCAGGAUUAAGAAAGGAAUGCUUCGGUGGUUUGGUCAUGUAGAAAGAAUGAAUGAGGAAAGACUGACAAAGCAAAUAUUUGUUGCAGAAGUGAAUGGAAGAGUCGGACAGGGACAUCCUAGGCGGAAGUUUGUCGACCAAAUUGGCGAUAUACUAAAAAUGGGCCAAAUUAAGAGUACCCUUAACCGACGAGCAUGUAUGCGUAGGUAUAUGGAUGUGGAAGAGGCGAGAGAGGUAUGUCAGGAUCGUGCUAAAUGGAAGUCUGUAGUCUCUGCCUACCCCUCUGGGUGA